AUGUCAGCUUCGGUUUUUAUAGCUCAAUUUGCUGCACCAUCAAGCUACAUACCCAGCACCAAUACUAAGAAGCAUUUGGUUGGGAAAGAUUCGUGUUCUUGGAUCAAGAAAACCGCUUCGAAUGGCUCGAAAACACACUGCAUGAAGACAUGGAACCCAAUAGACAACAAGAAAUUCGAAACCUUUUCAUACGUCCCGCCUCUAACUGAAGAAUCAAUCGCAAAGGAGAUCGAUUACAUGAUCAAGAAAGGAUGGAUCCCUUGCCUUGAAUUCGACGAGGUGGGGCAUGUAUACAGAGAAAACAGCAGAAUGCCAAAUUACUGUGAUGGUAGGUAUUGGACUCUAUGGAAGCUGCCCAUGUUUGGCUGCAAUGACUCUACACAAGUGUUGAAUGAAAUUCAAGAAUGCAAAAAGGCUUACCCGAAUGCUUAUAUUCGAUGCUUGGCAUUCGACAAUAAGAAACAGGCGCAAUGCAUGGCCUUCCUCAUCCAGAAGCCGAACAAAGCCACCUAA